CGUGAUUGACUGAGGAAGCUUCGUCGUGUCAGAGGACAGAUUGGCUUGAUGUUUUUUCCCUCAAGACGUCGGAAGGCCAGCAAUGUGUACCCAGUAAGCCUAUCUAUUCAUACAGUUAGCCGUUCCGUGCAAAGUUUCCUUCAGAAUAUGUAAUUUAUGAAAUGCAUUUUUGCAGUAUCUGUUGUUAUUGGGUAUUAAUUAAUGAGCGAUGUAACUUAUUGAGACGUGGUUUUCCUGAACAGCAUUGCGUGCAUACAGUGCCUUCAGAAAGUAUUCACGCCGCUUGACUUCUUCCUAAUUUUGUUAUGUUACAGCCUGAAUUUAAAAUGGAUUAAAUGUAGAUUUUGUGUCACAGGCCUACACACACAAAAAAACAUCAUGUCAAAGUGGAAUUAUGUUUAGACAUUUUUACAAAUUAAUUAAAGAUGAAAAGCUGAAAUGUCUCGAGUCAAUAAGUAUUCAACCCUUUUGUUAUGGCAAGCCUAAAUAAGUGCAGGAGUAAACAUUUGCUUACUAAGUUGCAUGGCCUAACUCUGUGUGCAAUAAUGGUGUUUAACAUGAUUUUUGAAUGACUACCCCAUCUCUGUACCCCACACAUACAAUUAUCUGUAAGGGCCCUCAGUCUAGCAGGGAAUUUCAAGCACAGAUACAACCACAAAGACCAGGGAGGUUUUCCAAUACCUCGUAAAGAAGGGCACCAUUGGUAGAUGGGUAAACCUAAAUAAAGCAAACAUUGAAUAUCUCUUUGAGCAUGGUGAAGUUAUUCAUUACACUUUAGAUGGUGUAUCAAUAUACCCAGUCACUACAAAGAGACAGGCGUCCUUCCUAACUCAUUUGCCGGAGAGGAAGGAAACCGCUCAGGGAUUUCACCAUGAGGCCAAUGGUGACUUUAAAACAGUUCUAGUUUAAUGGCUGUGAUAGGAGACAACUGAGGAUGGAUCAACAACAUUGUAAUUACUCCACAAUGCUAAAAUAAAUGACAGUGUAAAGAAGGAAGCCUGUACAGAAUACAAAUAUUCCAAAACAUGCAUCCUGUUUGCAAUAAGGCACAAAAGUGAAAGUGCAAAAAAUAUGGCAAAGAAAUUAUCUUUAUGUCCAGAAUACAAAGUAUUAUGUUUGGUGCAAAAACAACACAUCACUGAGUACCACUCUUCAUAUUUUCAAGCAUGGUGAUGGCUGCAUCAUGUUAUUGGUAUGCUUGUCAUCGGCAAGGACUAGGGAGGUUUUUUAGGAUAAAAAUAAACGGAAUAGAGCUAAGCACAGACAACAUCCUAGAGGAAAACCUGGUUCAGUCUGCUUACCAACAGACACUGGGAGACAAAUUCACCUUUCAGCAGUGCAAUAACCUAAAACACAAGGCCAAAUAUACACUGGAGUUGUUUACCAAGAUGACGUUGAAUGUCCCUGAGUGGCCUGGGUACAGUUUUGACUUAAAUCGGCUUGAAAAUCUAUGGCAAGAUUUGAAAAUGUCUGUCUAGCAAUGAUCAACAACCAAAUUGACAGAGCUUGAGCUUGUGGUCCUCUGUAGCUCAACUGUGGUCCUCUGUAGCUCAACUGGUAGAGCACGGCGCUUGUAACGCCAAGGUAGUGGGUUCGAUCCCCGGGACCACCCAUACACAAAAAUGUAUGCACGCAUGACUGUAAGUCGCUUUGGAUAAAAGCGUCUGCUAAAUGGCAUAUUAUAUUAUUAUUAUUAUUAUUAUUAUUAAAAAAAUAAAAUAAUGUGCAAAUAUUGUACAAUCCAGGUGUGCAAAGCUCUUAGACUUACCCAGAAAGACUCACAGCUGUAAUCGCUGCCAAAGGCGAUUCUAACAUGUAUUGAUUGACUCAGAGGUGUGAAUACUUAGGUAAAUUAGAUGUUGUAUUUCAUUGUCAAUAAAUUUGCUAAAUUUAUUUAAAGCAUUUUUCACUUUGUCAUUAUGGGGUAUUGUGUGUAGAUUGGUGAGAAAAAAAAUAUUUAAUCCAUUUUGAAUUCAGGCUGUAAAACAAAAUGUGGAAUAAGUCAAGGGGUAUGAAUGCUUUCUGAAGGCACUGUAUUUAAAUCCUAUUGAUCUGUCCUCAUGGAGUGGACUGUCCAUUGUCUUUGCAGACAGCUGCUUAGCCAGAUAGUUGCAAUUUUGCAUCCAAGUACCAGCAAGCUAGCUUUCUAUUAAAGCCCUAUUGGCCUAUAUGCCCUAUGGACAAAAAUCAAAUCGCCCAAUUUGCACUUUCUGUUCCUAGGUCAUGUGCCUACUUCUUGUGACUUCCCUAAACAGUAUCUGAAAUUGAAACAUUCCCCAUAUGUCAUGACAUUUUAUUCUCAUUCCAAAUGACAGGAAAGGGAGGGUGAGAGAAAGGGAAGACUGUCCUUUUUAGAACACUAUUUCAUUCUGAAAGCAUGGUUUGUGCAAUGGAAAGAUGAGUACUGAGUCAGGCUCAUAUAGUCUGCAACUCUGCAUAUCACACAGGGUGCAUCUCAUGGUCCUCUAGCUCAGUUGGUAGAGCAUGGCACUUCAAAUGACAGGAUAUUGGGUUUGAUUCCCGGGACCACCCAUACGUAAAAUGUAUGCACGCAUGACUAUAAGUCUCUUUGGAUAAAAGUGUCUGCUAAAUGGCAUAUAUUAUAUCACAUAGCAUGCAUUUCAAUGGUCUAAAGGUAUGUCCUUUCCUCAUCUCCUUUCCUUCUGCAUCUGUAAUGAUGUGCAUAGACUGGACAGGUGAACGCAAAAGGCUAUUGAGAUGUCCCCUUGACAGUCCAAGUGUGCACAAGUCCUGCAGAUUAUCUGGAGACCAAAGGUUUCUCUGAAGCCAGUCUUUGACCCAAUCUGACAGAUAUCACUAACCCUGAAGCAGAGAAUACCAGACAGGAAUUUAAAGCAAUAUUUUAUCUCACCAUUCUCUGAUUUGGUAACCAGUGCCAGUCUAUUUGUUCUAUAAUUGUAGCCAACUCCUUGUCACCCAUUGUUUGGCAUGACAAUGGGAGCACAAACAAACUAAUGGGAGCACGAACAAAUCUGGGACCAGGCUACUGAGUUGGACCCUCAAGACCAAUAAUAUUGAGCCUAUAUUGAGGUGUAUUGAAUGUGCGUUUCUUUCUAUAGUGUCCAGCCCAUCGAGUGGACCACUGACUGUAAGAACCAGAAGUGAGUAUUGAGGAACUGCUGGUCAGGUCGCGUGCUUGUGCUUGUGCGUGUGCGUGGACAAAGGCUAUUUUAAGGUUUUGGGUUAAGGUCGGGGUUAGGGAAAUUAGGAUUUUGAAUCUAAAUUAAUUUUAGUUCCUCACAAGGGUAGAAGAACAAAACGUGUGUGUGUGUGUUUUCUCUCUUCCAGUUAUGAUGGCAUAGUCUUGGUGACCCAGAGUUAUGACACACUGCCCAAGGAUCUGGAAUGUCUGAAAGCACCUCUGCAGGACUACAGCGCUGUGAGUCACGCGCACACACCCACACCAUAGAUAGAUGAAUAUACCCCUCCUACUUUCUCUUCUCCCCUCUCUCUCCUUCCUCCCUCUCUCUCUUUCUCCUCUAGGUGGACUGUGGUCUGGGAGAUGAGGUGGUAGUGUUGAUGGUUCCGGGGUUGCCUGGUAAACGCUUGGUGUUUGCGUCCACCGGGCCUGUUAACCGGGACUACGAUGACGUCAGACGCUUCAGCGAUGCAGCCGUUAAUGGCAUCAAGAGGUCCAAGUCAACAUCACAUACACACGUACACACAAAAUGUACCAAGAGGUUACUGUAUAUCUGUAUUCCUGUCCUGUGUGUAUCUCUCCUGAGUGGCGCAGUGGUCUAAGGCACUGCAUCGCAGUGCUAGCUGUGACACUAGAGAUCCUGGUUCGAAUCCAGGCUCUGUCGUAGCCGGCCGCGACCGGAAGGGGCGGCGCACAAUGGGGCGGCGCACAAUUGGCCCGGUGUCGUCCAGGGUAGGGGAGGGAAUGGCCGGCAGGGAUGUAGCUCAGUUGGUAGAGCAUGGCCUUUGCAACGCCAGGGUUGUGGGUUCGAUUCCCACGGGGGGCCAGUAUGAAAAAUAAAAAAAUAAUGUAUGCACUCACUAUCUGUAAGUCGUCUGCUAAAUGACUAAAAUAUACUGUCUGGGUAUUUCUUCAGGGCCAUGAAAGCAGGCAUGCAGCGCCCCCUUCUGGUCUGUCCUCGUCACAGCAGCUAUGACAGGAGCACCCUGGUUGCUGCCCUAGGGGCCCUGCACGCCCUCUACAUGGUGAGAACACUGUGAAAUAAGCAAUAGAUACCUGCACACUGACGAAUGCUCCCGUUGUUUUAUUGUGCAUUGUUUCGAGCUGAAGGCACUCCUAUGCCCCUAAAACAAAACAUACCCUUUGCACACAGGUGGAGCUCAAUUGUCUUUUGCUCCAAAUGGUGUGCUGACAUUCAUCCUUUAUCCACAAUCUCUCUCUUUCCCCUCUCUCAAUCUCUUCCAGCCUCUGGAGGUGAGGGAGGUGUCUGUGAAGCCUAGCCAGUAUAAGGUGUGUGUUCUGGGGCUGUGGGUGGACCAGGAGGCCCAGGGGAAGGAGUUGGUGGAUUUGGCCUCUGCUCUGGAGAGUGGACGGUGAGUCGCACACACGCCCAUAUUUUCAUCUGUAACAAAGGAGAGAUCUCUCUUAUGGGGAUACAUUUUUAUAUGUUAAAUGUCCUCAUGCUGAACAGAUUUGCCUCAAGGACCCAUUAGGUCCAUUGGGAUAGAUUUUCCUCCGUCUUGGAAUUUAAAAAAAACCUGUUUAGAAAUGUAUUCUCAGGAACCAUAUGUCCAAAUCACACCAAUGUAGGCCCAUGGUAUAUCUCUUAACUUAGUUUGAAAUAAAUGUAAGGGAUUGGUGAGAUGUCUGAGUUAUUGAUAAAUCAGGAAAUCAGAUUUUACGUGUCCAUUUAACCACCUAGAGUCGAUGUCCGUGCCCUAGCGGAAGCGUAAUUAGCAUAAUAAUAGAAAUCCCCAUAAACAUCCGUCAGUUUAAGCUAGAGAUAUUUGAUAUCUGUCUCAAUCCACCGCAUCCGCUGAUGUCGCACUUCCGCAUUUGCGGUGAAAGGUGACGGCGCUAGAGCGGUGUCAGACCAUGAGACAUCGGUUGUUUUGCUUUAGGAUGCCCACAGGCCCCACAAGACUCGUCUGAAGGUCCCCCGGUAGAGUUGAACAAAUUUAUGCAAGUAUACACUACCGGUCAAAAGUUUUAGAACACCUACUCAUUCAAGGGUUUUUCUUUAUUUAUACUAUUUUCUACAUUGUAGAAUAAUAGUGAAGACAUCAAAACUAUGAAAUAACACACAUGGAAUCAUGUAGUAACCAAAAAAGUGUUAAACAAAUCAAAAUAUAUUUUAUAUUUGAGAUUCUUCAAAUAGCCACCCUUUGCCUUGAUGACAGCUUUGUACACUCUUGGCAUUCUCUCAACCAGCUUCAUGAGGUAGUCACCUGGAAUGCAUUUCAAUUAACAGGUUUGCCUUCUUAAAAGUUAAUUUGUGGAAUGUAUUUCCUUCUUAAUGCGUUUGAGACAAUCAGUUGUGUUGUGACAAGGUAGGGGGGGUAUACAGAAGAUAGCCCUAUUUGGUAAAAGACCAAGUCCAUAUUAUGGCAAGAACAGCUCAAAUAAGCAAAGAGAAACGACAGUCCAUCAUUACUUUAAGACAUGAAGGUCAGUCCAUAUGUAACAUUUCAAGAACUUUGAAGGUUUCUUCAAGUGCAGUCGCAAAAACCAUCAAGUGCUAUGAUGAAACUGGCUCUCAUGAGGACCGCCACAGGAAUGGAAGACCCAGAGUUAACUCUGCUGCAGAGAAUAAGUUCAUUAGUUACCAGCCUCAGAAAUUGCAGCCCAAAUAAAUGCUUCAUAGAGUUCAAGUAACAGACACAUCUCAACAUCAACUGUUCAGAGGAGACUGUGUGAAUCAUGCCUUCAUGGUCGAAUUGCUGCAAAGAAACCACUACUAAAGGACACCAAUAAGAAGAGGAAACUUGUUUGGGCCAAGAAACAUGAGCAAUGGACAUUGGACCGGUGGAAAUGUAUCCUUUGGUCUGGAGUCCAAAUUUGAGAUUUUUGGUUCCAACCGCCGUAUCUUUGUGAGACGCGAUGUGGGUUAACGGAUGAUCUUGGCAUGUGUAUUUCCCACCAUAAAGCAUGGUGUGGGGGUGCUUUGCUGGUGACACUGUAUGAUUUAUUUCGAAUUCAAGGCACACUUAACCAGCAUGGCUACCACAGCAUUCUGCAGCGAUACGCCAUCCCAUCUGGUUUGGGCUUAGUGGGACUAUCAUUUGUUUUUCAACAGGACAAUGACCCAACACACCUCCAGGCUGUGUAAGGGCUAUUUUACCAAGAAGGAGAGUGAUGGAGUGCUGCAUCAGAUGACCUGGCCUCCACAAUCCCCCGACCUCAACCAAAUUGAGAUGGUUUGGGAUGAGUCGGACUGCAGAGUGAAGGAAAAGCAGCCAACAAGUGCUCAGCAUAUGUGGGAACUCCUUCAAGACUGUUGGAAAAUCAUUCCAGGUGAAGCUGGUUGAGAGAAUGCUAAGAAUGUGCAAAGCUGUCAUCAAGGCAAAGGGUGGCUAUUUGAAGAAUCUCAAAUAUAAAAUAUAUUUUGAUUUGUUUAUCGCUUUUUUGGUUACUACAUGAUUCCAUAUGUGUCAUUUCAUAGUUUUGAUGUCUUCACUAUUAUUCUACAAUGUAGAAAACAGUAAAAAUAAAGAAAAACCCUUGAAUGAGUAGGUGUUCUAAAACUUUUGGCCGGUAGUGUAUAUGGAGACUUUCUAGUGCCAAAAAUAAAGGGUUAAAUACAUGUAAAAUAAAAUAACAAAUGUUUUUCUUAUCGUUCUUACAUCUCUCAAGUAUAGGACAGACAAUACAGAACAAACUUACUUUAGAUUUGUUGGGGGGACUAUUUGUUGUUCCAUGUAGUGAAUAUGUUGUUCAAUGCGUUUGUAUGGGCUAAUAGCAGUAGGGCCAAAAUUAAUUGUUCCUCAAAUAGUUUUUGUAUAUUUUUUUUUCAUACUUCGAGGGCUUAGACUGUUAUGGGUUAAAUCCUUUGUAAAUCCACUUCACGAUAGCCUAUCAACUUGGAACUUUUAAGGGUCAUCAAAGACAUUAACAUAAUGAACCAUGUGAAGUUUGGCAUUUAUAUCUUAAAACAUAAGGAAACGAUUAACAAUUCACUUAUUUUACUAUGUAAUUAUAAAACAAAUCUUCUUAUGGACUGUCAGAUUCGCUCCAAAUGUGGUCUUUGGACUCAUCACAAUAGUCCCUAAAGAGUUUGAGAAAAUAAAAUUGAUGCAUUCAAAGAUAGCCACACUAUACCAGUAGAUCCAUUUAGCACAUACGCUAAUAUAUGCUAGGAAAAUACUUAAAAUCUUAUUCUCAUGAACAAUAGGACCAAAUGACACCACAUUUGGAAUGUAGGCCCAUGGUGGUACAUGUCUUAACUUGGUUUGAGAAAAGCUAAGGGAUAGGUCAAAAGAUGGCUGAGUUAUUGACAAAUCAAAAAUCAGAUUUUACGAGGCCUAUCAACUUGAAACUUUUCAUUGCUAUCAUGCACGUCCGUAAGAUGAACCACACUGAAUUUGGUAUUUAUAUCGAAAACAAGGAAACUAACAAUGAAUUAUUUGCAAAUGUAACGCUAAUGCUCAAAAUUAUCUUCUCAUGAACUAUAUGUCAGAUUCACUCCAGAUCCAUGAUUGCACAUAAAGGAAGAUAGUUCCUACAGUACAUGAUAGAGUGCUUGCUUUGUUAUCCAACUGAUAUUUGUGCGUCUAACUUUCUCACUCAUCAUUUAUUCACAAUUCAUUCAGGACUACCCGUAAUCAUGGUAGCAUCCACAUUAACGUAGAAGUGUUUAGAAACAUAUUCUAUUCUUAUUUACAAUAAAAGUGAUUAAAAAAUGACAAAAUUAUUUACCAUUUAUUUAUAUUGGGCACAAAAUAAUCUGAAACACAACCAAAACAAACAGCAAAUUCAUCUAACAAGUUUGUAGAGUCACACACUUGAUGUAAUCAUUGCGUGCUAGGUAUAUGGGACCAAAUACUACACUUUUGACUACUUUAAUACACAUAUAAGCAGGGGUGCCACUUUGAUUUUUGAAGUGGGAGGGACAUAACCUGGCGGGGGUCUGGGGGCAUCUAAAGCUCAUUUCUUGCAUUUUUUAGAACAAAAAGUAAGCAAAAAUGCACACAGUCAUCAAGCUAGGUAAGAGAUCAUUAUUAAAUAUGUUUAAGUGAUUAAUAAGACUGAACUAGAUCAAAGGUAAUUCAAUAAUAAAUAUUGUGUUGCACCUUUGUCCAAUAGCCUAACAAAUGAACAACUCUUGAAAAAAAGCCGCAUGCACACCCAACCCCCACCAGUCUAGUCAAUAACUCAACUCUCUCCCAACACAAUUUCCUUCCCAGUUCACACCUUUAAUUUUUUAAUUCCCAAGGGAAAGGUUUGGAAACAAAAAAACUAACAAAAAGCCCACAUACUGUACACCUCACAUAUACAUUAACACACAAACAGCAAAUCCUCCAUAUAAUUAAUCUCAUAGGACUAAUAGUACUGUAGAGCUCUUUUUACUUGCACACAAUAUGGCUGGGUCGCCCCGUCCUGUCCCUAGGGGUCUACCCCCCUGCAGCGCCCCAACCCAACACACCCCACUCAGCUUUAGGAUCUUAGUGAAACAUUCAUUAUUGGUUUUGGGUGUGUUAAGCCAAUGCCAGAGUGACAACCCACAGGACGGCAGACCCCCAGGGCCAGGACUGAGCAGUCCAGCAGCUAGGGAUUGCCAAAAUGGGUAUCUCCCCUGACGUGGGCAUGUUUUCAAUACAGACUCCUUAAGUCGUAAUGUACUCCAUAUUAGGCAUCCAGACCUUAUUAAAGUUUCCCAGUAUACCCUUUAUCCUGUAAUAAAUCUAGUGAUGCAUAUCUUGACAUUGUGGGAGGAUAACCAACCUUCCAAUUAAUGGCAAAGCAUUUCUUAGCCACUAUAAAUGCUUGGUUACACAGUUUCUUCAGAUAAGUAUCCUGUAUCAACAUUUCCAAGCAAACAAAAACUGGGAGAAGGGAGAAUCUAUAGACAUGCUGAGAUAAAAGAACAUACUCUUUGCCAGAAUUCAGCCAGCCUUCACGAGACCAUAACAUAUGCAAAUAUGUCCCCUUUUGUGGUUUAUACCUCUAGCAGAGGAAUGACAUUUCUGAGUGCAUGUAAUUCAGUUUCACUGGCAUAUAUACUGAACAAAAAUAUAAACGCAACAAUUUCAACGAUUUUACUGAGUUACAGUUCAUAUAAGGAAAUCAGUCAAUUGAAAUAAUUUCAUUAUUCCCUGAUCUAUGGAUUACACAUGACUGCGCCAUGGGUGGGCCUGGGAGGGACCCACUUGGGAGCCAGGCCCAGCCAAUCAGAAUGAGUGUUUCCCCACAAAAGGGCUUUAUUACAGACCGAAAUACUCAGUUUCAUCAGCUGUCCGGGUGGCUGGUCUCAGAUGAUCCCGCAGGUGAAGAAGCAGAUGUGGAGGUCCUGGGCUGGGGUGGUCACACAUGGUCUGCGGUUGUGAGGCCAGUUGGACGUACUGCCAAAUUCUCUAAAACGACGACGUAGGCGGCUUAUGGUAGAGAAAUAAAAAUUAAAUUCUCUGCCAACAGCUCUGGUGGACAUUCCUGCAGUCAGCAUGCCAAUUGCAUGCGCCCUCAUCUGUGGCAUUGUGUUGAGUGCCCUUUUUAGAGUGGCCUGCUCACUAAUAGGAAUGUAAACAAAUUUGUGCACAAAAUCUGAGAGAAUCAAGCUUUUUGUGCAUAUGGAAAAUAUCUGGGAUCUUUUAUUUCAGCUCAUGAAACAUGGGACCAACACUUUACAGAUUGCAUUUAUAUUUUUGUACGUUCUAUGGAUGGUCUUAAACUGCAGUCAUUUAUGUCUGAGAUGAUAUGAACAUGACUGGGCAUUCAAACAUAUCUGUAUCCAUUCAUCAUCAUCAAUAGCUUCUACCAGGUCUUCCUCACAUUUUUGUUUUACAUGUUUUGUGUCAUCUGGAAAAGCCUCUGUCAACGCUUGAUACAGUUUGGAAAUCAACUUUGGAGGUUUGUCAGACUGCCUUACAAUAGCAUCUGGCUUGUGCCAGUGUUGGCUGCACAGAGAGAAUAAAGUGUUAUAUCUGCAAAAAUGCACCUCACCUCCAUCACAGACUGGUCUUCCCUGGCUGCCUGACCCUGCUGAGACCACUGUCACCAUCUGAUCCUCCUAAAAUGAGGCAUGACAAAGAAUUACCUUGGUGUACAUUUAUACAUUAUAUUAUCCAAGAAUAGAAUCAAUGGUUCAAUAAUUGAAAUGACCAUUAUUCCCAGAUCCCAGACUGUAGCUUUAAGCUUAAACUGUGGUGUAGCUACUGUAGGUCUACCCAUCAAUUCAAGAUGGAACUUUGUAUUAUUCACUGAUAUUGUUAAUAUACUGCAAAAUACACCUGAGCUCCAUAUACUGGUCUUCCCUGGCUGUCUGACCCGGCUGGGCCCCUGUCACCAUCUGAUCCUGCUAAGACAUGAUGAGCAUAGUGUUGUGUACUGACUGCACUAGAGGGCUGCAUUCCCACGGGUUGCCUGCGGGUCCCGACAGAGAUCAUUGCGGCGCGGUUGGCAUUUUUCAUGUUGCGGGCGGUCAGACAGACGACUUUGGGAAGGAAAUAUUUGUGUUGUCCCACAGGAUAUUUGGAAACAGUCCUCUUUCUGCUUUGUAUGUGUUACCCUACCUAUUGUAUUAAAAACACAUAUUUCGCAAUAUUCACACACUCAGAAUUCGCUGCUUCAACUUCAGUAGCCUACCUCUCCUAGUUGGGCGUGAGAGUUCAAGUGCCGCUAGUAUGUGUGGUCUCAUUGAAAUAGAGUAGGGUGCCUACAUGGGCGGAGAAUCACGUGGCAGGUAACUUGAAUAUGAAAUUAACGUAUAUAUGACUAGACUGCAGUUUACUACAGUGUCUGUAAAUAAAUAGUGAUAAUGGAAAGAAGUGGAGGGCGCUCAACCAACGUGAGUCGAAGUGCAAUCAAAAAUAAUUGUUGAAAAGGUAAAGGCACAAUGCGCACAUAGGUUAUGCUACUAUGGUGAGCGAGCGUUGCGCCUUUUCAUUUUCAAUAAGUAUUGAUUACCCAUUUAUUUGUCUCUGCCUGCAAAUCAUCCUCCUAAAAGGUAGGCUAUAUCCUAUAGGCCUAUGCAAAACGUAGCAAGUGUCGCUGUCAUCAUUCUUGCUGCUUCAAGUUCAGUAGCCAUACCUGCGAGAUCAGGUGCGCGUUUGGUCUCAAUUAAAUAGAGUAGGCUAUAGCCUAUGCAUGGGCGGAGAAGCACGGGGCAGUUAUAUUUCGAAGGAAAUGUACUUCCUAAAUAGGCCUAUGAUUAGGCUAUAGUUUACUACAUUGCCUAGAAAUAGGCCUAAAUAUUGUUCACCCAUAUUUCUUCGUCUGAAAAUCUUCCCACUCCUAAAAGGUAGGCUAUAAAAAUAGCUCAAGUGAAUGCAAGUCUCUCCAACUCCGCUCUCUUCAAACUAGAUCUAGCAUAUUGGCUGAAAUAGCCCAGUAAUAAGGGCCAUGUGAGAAUCUCUGGUAAUUUAACCUAUUUCUGAAGUUAUUUUUGCGCAUUUGAUAUUGCCUAUAGGGCGCAAAAUUGCUCACAUACGCCUAAAGUAACACUGCGGUACUGCAGUUGGGUUUGGGACAGUGGGAGUCGGACAGAAAGCCAGCGGGAGUGGGAUGAAGAAAACGGUCCCACGCAGACCUCUACUUUGCACCAUGACAGUGAAGCCUGUAACGUUAGAGCUGUUUAUUACUGUGCAAGUGUGAAAAGUAGGGAAUUAGCUAGGGAAACUGACAGAUCAAUGACGUUACAUUGCCAUACUAACUAAUAAAACUCACAUUGCACUGAAAAAAUGUCAGAAUAUAGUCUUCUAUCGUUUGGCCGAUGGUUUCAUAGAUUGAUUCAGGUCUAACGUUAGUGUGAUUGAGGCAAAAAGAAUAGCUAACGUUAGCCAACUUUUGGCCAGCUCUCUCUCUAAUGGUACAUCAGCUGGCGAAAGCUAGCCAAGUUCAUUUACUUCUGAAACGGGACAAAACAAAGUUGACAAAACAUUUUCGUACAAACAAAAGCUGUUAGAUAGUAAUUAUAGCCACCUCAUAUCGCUAUCUGACAGAUAACUAGAGGCUAGAGCUAACCUGGCUGUGGUAGCUAGUGUAGCUUAUUCAUUCACCUCAGUCGAGAGGGGAUGAAACAUUAGCUAAUGUUACAUGUCAAUUACAAUACUAGCUCAGCACUGCGAAUAAACACUAGUGUCGUUUUUUCUGUUAAGAUAAACAGCAGUUACCUUGCCAGCUACAUCAGUCAACUAAAGAUUAGCCAGUUUCUGCUCUGCUUGCUUUUGCAACUCGGUGAAAGAGCGCAACACAUACACACUGAACUAUGCUCAACUCUCCCGUGCUGGUCCAGUCUUCCAGAAGGUUUGCCUUCACACAGCCUACCCAACCGCUUGGAGGCGUCCGCAUGGUGCUUAGGCACACCCGUGCCACACUGCAAUGAUAAAACUGGGGGGGACAAAAAUGCAAUUUCAGAAUGUGCCCCCGUCCCCAGUGAAAGUUGCGCCCCUGCAUAUAAGUGAAUUUGUCCCAAUACUUUUGGUCCCCUAAAAUGGUACAAAAAGUGCUGUAAUUUUCUAAAUGGUUCACCCGAUAUGGAUGAAAAUACCCUCAAAAUAAAGCUGACAGUUUGCACUUUAACCUCAUAGCCAUAGUAUCAUUUCAAAUCCAAAGUGUUGGAGUACAGAGCCAAAACAACAACACAAAUUGUCGCUGUCCCAAUACUGUUGGUGCUCACUGAGUAUCCCAAACAUUAGGAACACCUUCCUAAUAUUGAGUUGCAGCCCCCCCCUUUUGCCCUCAGUACAGCCUCAAUUCAUCGGGGCAUGGACUCUACAAGAUGUUGAAAGCGUUCCACAGGGAUGAUGGCCCAAGUUGACUCCAAUGCUUCCCACAGUUGUGUGAAGCUGGCUAGAAGUCCUUAGUAUGGUGGACCAUCUUGAUACACAAGGGAAACUGUUGAGCAUGAAAAACCCAGCAACAUUCCAGUUCUUGACACAAAACGGUGCACCUACUACCAUACCCUGUUCACAAAGGCACUUACAUUUUGUGUCUUGCCCAUUCACCCUCUGAAUUGCACACAUACACAAUCCAUGUCUCCAUUGUCUCAAGGCUUAAAAAUCCUUCUUUAACCCAUCUCCUCCCCUUCAUCUACACUGAUUGAAAUGGAUUUAACGAGUGACAUCAAUAAGGGAUCAUAGCUUUCACCUGGAUUCACCUGGUCAGUCUGUCAUGGAAAGACCAAGUGUUCUUAAUGUUUUGUAUACUCGGUUUAUAUAUAUUUACUAUGAUCUUUCUCUCUUCUUCCCUUGGCCCUCCAUCUCCCUCUCUCUCUCCAGGCUGGCUUGCCGUGACAUAGGAGGGUCCGAUCCUGAAAGGAUGGCUGCUCCUCGUGUGGCUGAGUACGUCCAGGCCCUCUUUAAGGAGAGCCCAGUGCAGGUGAGAGAGAGGCUUUUCUCCUACAUCCAAAAAAGAAAAGGUGAAGAUAUCUCACAAAAAGACAACAAAAGUAUUUUGUUAUUCAUAGUGGCUUUUCUAUUAGUUAAAAAGGCUGUUUUGUUUCGACCUUAAUCGAUCAUUGUCAAAGCACUUAGUUGUGGUCUUUUUGGGAGAUGCCAUCACCUUUUCUUUUUUAGAAUAUGACUUUACCUAGAUGAGCACCUCAUUCCAUAGAAGCGCCGGCAUAUCUCAUUUCUACUUGUCUCAAGUACUGGAUCUCACUAAUGUAUUAGUGUUAAUGUGAUAAUGCUGAACGGGCCUGUCUCUCAGGUGGAUGUGGUGAGUGAUCUGAAGGUGCUGGAGAAGGAGUAUCCCUGCCUCGCUGCUGUAAACCGCUGUGCCAAUGGUAAGUGUGUACAGUGAGGGAAAUAAGUAUUUGAUCCCCUGCUGAUUUUGUACGUUUGCCCACUGACAAAGACAUGAUCAGUCUAUAAUUUUAAUGGUAGGUUUAUUUGAACAGUGAGAGACAGAAUAACAACAACAAAAUCCAGAAAAACGCAUGUCAAAAAUGUUAGAAAUUGAUUUGCAUUUUUAUGAGGGAAAUAAGUAUUUGACCCCUCUGCAAAACAUGACUUGGCAAAACCCUUGUUGGCAAUCACGGAGGUCAGACGUUUCUUGUAGUUGGCCACCAGGUUUGCACACAUCUCAGGAGGGAUUUUGUCCCACUCCUCUUUGCAGAUCUUCUCCAAGUCAUUAAGGUUUCGAGCCUGACGUUUGGCAACUCGAACCUUCAGCUCCCUCCACAGAUUUUCUAUGGGAUUAAGGUCUGGAGACUUGCUAGGCCACUCCAGGACCUUAAUGUACUUCUUCUUGAGCCACUCCUUUGUUGCCUUGGCUGUGUGUUUUGGGUCAUUGUCAUGCUGGAAUACCCAUCCACGACCCAUUUUUAAUGCCCUUGCUGAGGGAAGGAGGUUCUCACCCAAGAUUUGACGGUACAUGGCCCGUCCAUCGUCCCUUUAAUGCGGUGAAGUUGUCCUGUCCCCUUAGCAGAAAAACACCCCCAAAGCAUGUUUCCACCUCCAUGUUUAACGGUGGGGAUGGUGUUCUUGGGGUCAUAGGCAGCAUUCCUCCUCCUCCAAACAUGGUGAGUUGAGUUGAUGCCAAAGAGCUCGAUUUUGGUCUCAUCUGACCACAACAAUUUCACCCAGUUCUCCUCUGAAUCAUUCAGAUGUUAAUUGGCAAACUUCAGACGGCCCUGUAUAUGUGCUUUCUUGAGCAGGGGGACCUUGCGGGCGCUGCAGGAUUUCAGUCCUUCACGGCGUAGUGUGUUACCAAUUGUUUUCUUGGUGACUAUGGUCCCAGCUGCCUUGAGAUCAUUGACAAGAUCCUCCCGUAUAAUUCUGGGCUGAUUCCUCACUGUUCUCAUGAUCAUUGCAACUCCACGAGGUGAGAUCUUGCAUGGAGCCCCAGGCCGAUGGAGAUUGACAGUUCUUUUGUGUUUCUUCCAUUUGCAAAUAAUCGCACCAACUGUUGUCACCUUCUCACCAAGCUGCUUGGCGAUGGUCUUGUAGCCCAUUCCAGCCUUGUGUAGGUCUACAAUCUUGUCCCUGACAUCCUUGGAGAGCUGUUUGAUCUUGGCCAUGGUGGAGAGUUUGGAAUCUGAUUGAUUGAUUGCUUCUGUGGACAGGUGUCUUUUAUACAGGUAACAAACUGAGAUUAGGAGCACUCCCUUUAAGAGUGUGCUCCUAAUCUCAGCUCAUUACCUGUAUAAAAGACACCUGGGAGCCAGAAAUCUUUCUGAUUGCGAGGGGGUCAAAUACUUAUUUCCCUCAUUAAAAUGCAAAUCAAUUCAUAACAUUUUUGACAUGUGUUUUUCUGGAUUUUGUUGUUGUUAUUCUGUCUCUCACUGUUCAAAUAAACCUACCAUUAACAUUAUAGACUGAUCAUUUCUUUGUCAGUGGGCAAACAUACAAAAUCAGCAGGGGAUCAAAUACUUUUUUCCCUCACUGUAUAUGUGUGUCUGUUUCUGUAUGUGUGUGUCUUUUUCAUCCAUGUGUGUUUGUCUCCUUUAGCUGUGCCUCGUCACCAGGCCAGAGUAAUCAAGCUGCAGUACUGUGGAGAAGGACCCAUCCAACACACACUGAUGCUGGUCGGCAAGGUGAGCAGGAGAGAGAGGAAGGAGUUGGGGUGGAAGAGGAGAAGAUGAUGAUUUGAUAAUGGCGAUUUAAAGGGAGUGGGGUGUUUCUAUCAUGUCAUGAACAUGUUUUUCUGUGUGUAACAUGCGUGCAUUUAUUUGUGUGUGUGUCUCUCUCAGGGCAUCACCUAUGACACUGGUGGAGCUGACAUCAAGGCUGGUGGCAUCAUGGCUGGCAUGCACAGAGACAAGUGUGGUGCUGCUGCCGUGGCUGGGUUCUUCCAGGUAAAUAACUAACACUUUGAUACCCUUCAGUUAUUACUAGUGGACUCAUAGUCCCUGAUAUAGUCUGUUACUCCUGCUAACAUGUAGCUGUCUCCUGUCCUGUCAGGUCCUGGCCAAACUCAAGCCCAAGCAUCUGAAGGUGGUGGGUGCCAUGGCGAUGGUGAGAAACAGCGUGGGCUCAGGUCAGUGUGAUGUCGUGGGGUGGGGGUUUCACCCAUAGAAAUAGAAUAUAAAUAUCUAAUAUAGAUUAUAUUUCUAUGGUUUCACCUACUGAGUAGUUGGCCUCUUCCCUCUCUCCUCUAAAUGUGUGUGUGUGGGAUAUGUUCUGUCUCUCUGACAGAAUGAGGGUUUAAGGAUUUUGUGUUCUCUCUCUGUUCUGUCAGACUGCUACGUAGCUGAUGAGUUGGUGGUGUCCCGUGCGGGUCGCAGGGUUCGUGUAGGGAACACAGAUGCUGAGGGACGCAUGGUGAUGGUCGACCUGCUUUGUGAGAUGAAAGAGAAGGUAAAGGAAACACAACUGUAUUCCAUGUCCUCCCUCACUCUCCCUGUUUCUCCUGUCAAAUCUAUUCUCUGUCUCCUUAAUCUCAUGUCUUCUUCCUCUCUCAACAGGCGGUACGUGAGGCGUCUCCUCAGCUGUUCACCAUCGCCACUCUGACAGGACAUGCCAUCAGAGCCAUGGGACCCAACUACUCUGUGAGUACUGUACCAUACACACACAGUAUCUGUACUGUACCAUACAGACUCUUUAUAAAAUAGCACACUGGCCAUGGUGAGAAUGAUUGCUAAUGAUGUAAAUUAAACUCUUUCGGUUAUAGAUCAUCAUGGACAACGGAGCUGCCCAUCGCUCUGGCAAUGCCCAUCAGUGGCAGAAAGGUGAGAUGCUCGACACACACUAUUCAAACAAAUCAGAAAACCAGGGUUUUCUGGUAUGAACAUGGUGUAUGUAACCCGUUAGUCCUUUCUCUCUCCCUCUCUGUAGCGGGAGAGGUGCUGGGUGAUCUGUUUGAGGUGUCCAGUAUCAGGCGUGAGGACUAUGACUUCCAUAAAGGGAAGUCUGAGUAUGAGGAGAUUCUGCAAAGCAACAACCUACCAUCCUCUGCUACCCCACGUGGACAUCAGACCCCCGCUGCCUUCCUCAUCAUGGCCUCUGGGCUGGACAAGGUACACACACAUGCUCCACAGCCCUGUUCAUAGCCCUGAAUCUAACCUAAUCGCUGUUUGUAUGUGUUUGUCUUGUUUCACUUCAUCAGUACGGUGUGGACUCUGGCACUCCUCUGCCUUACUCUCACAUCGACAUCGCUGGCUCAAGCGGCCCCUUCCCUGGUGUCCCCACCGGAGCUCCAAUCCUCGCCAUGGCUACCAACUACAUCCUGCCCAGUGCAUAUCAACCCAACGAUGCCCUGCCCAGAGCCUAGCAAUUUGAUGAUAGAAAUAGAAUGUGUCGAAUGGACCCUAUUUUCUGUCUCAUGAGAAAUGUCACAUAGAACCGUCCUGAUAGUGCCAGUUCAAUUGAUAUGUUGCACAAAGUAUUCAAGAGCACAGAUAUCCAUCAAUGCUGUGAUAUCGGCAGUUCAUUUCGAACAUUCCAAUACCUCUCCAAGAUCUGUUAUUCUAUAGAUUAUAUUUCUAAGAUUCUGCUACGGUUUAUCCGUCCAACCUCAAAUGUCAAAUGUUUGACCCCCAUUUCUAACAUGAGUCACUGUAUUGAAUACACUCUCAAUUACCAAACACGCUUUGUUGUUCAUGCAUCCAUUUUGU